AUGGAUAGACGAGUGUUCGUUAUUCUGCUAGUCGUUUGGGCCAAGGUAGAAGCCUCGAACACGACGUCAGGAUCCAGUUGGACCGUAGUAUUGAGAGUGUUUGAAAAUUGUAUCGACAAAAACGAUUCACUCAGCUGCUUGCAGCAGAAGGUACUGAACUUUGCAAACCGCAUCUCAGAGACAAAGAGUCUCGAGAUUUUCGAAGGAAUUAAAUUUGUACGAGACGAAAACGUCGCGAGAAGCACAAAUCAUGCAGAAUCAACUGAUCCUGAGACCACAGCUUGGAGUGAUCAAAUCUGGAAUAAGUUUUGGACGUUCUUUACUACCCACAGUGUCGAAGUGAACUUACCAAAACUUUACGAGUUCAAUCUACAUGGAGCCCGCGGGAAGAAGGAUAAAGGUUACGGCGGAAUGCUGAUGAUUGCUGCAGCUGCCAAGGGUGCCAUGAUUUGGAUGGGAAUGCAGGCGAUCGCGGCUCUCGCUGGCAAAGCUUUGAUAGUUGCUAAGGUAGCUCUGACCAUAGCUUCGGUAAUAGCUCUGAAGAAACUGCUUGAAGGAAGUGGUGGGAAAACUUCGUACGAGAUAAUUAAGCACCCUCAACACACCUAUGUGCAAACGCAUAGCUCAAGCCACGAAUACGGAGGUGGAGGUCACGGCGGCGGUGGCGGCGGCGGCGGAGGCGGAGGAUACGAGGGUCAUUACCGCAAGCGAAGCAUCGCCAGAACCAAGAUGAACCGAAACCAGGGAGCAGAACCGUCUGGUGAAAUAACUGGGAUAUCAGACGCGUGGAGAUUUGAAUUGUCAAGCAAGCAUCCUAGUGUCGGGUUGUCGAGUACUUCAAACGACCCGAAUAGUGGCACCCUUAAUUAUGAGGGUGAAAAAUAUUUUUUGUACAAGCACACUGCAGAUCAAAGUCAAAGCGGGGAUUCCAAACCUGAUCUUUACGGUUUUGGGACAAAAAGGACGAAUGACAUUACGGAAUCAGAGAAAGAAACGUUCGAUAAUAACGAGAAAGAGUUUUCUCCGUCACAACUGAGAAGAUCGUUAUUCACAAAAUUCGUUUGA